AUGAGUCCGAGCAGCAGAAAGGUAAUACGAACCGUCCGUCCUUUCAACAAAGGCAAAGAGCACCUGUUCCAUCAUCUGCUAGUGCACCUGUACCCAGAAAUAAAAGUGGGUACCCUGGACAGAGUUAGCAGAAUUUCAGAGCUGGACCUGCACAGUCUCAUAACAGUGUGUCACAAGGAAGUAACCAGGUUCUUGCAUGUGCUAAGUGUGGUAGAGUCCAUCCAGGAAAGUGUCGUCAAGGCCAGACGGGUUGCUUUAGGUGUGGACAAGAGGACACAGGUACCUAGGGCCAACAUCCGGUUCGCCGUUGAUCCAGUUGAGUACUUCAGAGUCAGCGGUGAGCCUCUUUGCAUUCCGAGGGACUCGUUUUAUGGCCCUAUAAAAGAUUCAAGGACUGAUAACUUGUUUGCUCAAAUUCGAGUCAUAGAUCUCUCAUCCAAUGGAUUUAGUGGAGAUUUACCAGCGAGCCGUUUUGAGAAUUUUGAAGCCAUGAAAAUGAUUGAUGAGAGCAGUGGAAUCCGAGAGUAUGUUGGAAAUAUAUAUUCUUAUUAUUACACGAAUUCAUUGACAGUGACAACAAAGGGACUGGAUCUUGAACUUCCUCGAGUUUUGACUACAGACAUGCUUAUCGAUCUCUCAAGGAAUAGAUUUGAAGGCCAUAUUCCAAGCAUUAUUGGAGAUCUCAUUGGACUUCGUACGUUGAACUUAUCUGAUAAUCGCUUGGAAGGUAUUAUACCAGCAUCACUGCACCAAUUAUCUGUACUUGAAUCAUUGGAUCUCUCAUCCAACAAAAUCAGUGGAGAAAUUCCACAACAACUUGCAUCCCUCAAAUCACUUGAAGUCUUAAAUCUCUCUCACAAUCAUCUUGCUGGAUGCAUCCCCAAAGGAAAACAAUUUGAUACGUUUGAGAAUAGUUCAUACUAAGGGAAUGAUGGGUUACGUGGAUUGCCACUCUCAAAAGAUUGU